AUGUCUUUGGUACAAAACGCCGCUGUGCUCGUUGCCGGCCAGCUUGUGUCGAAGCUCUUCACGUUCUCGCUUAACCAGCUGCUGCUCUCGUACACGUCGCCAAGUGCAUUGGGCGUCUCGCAGCUCAUCGAGUUCGUGCUGGACUACAUCUUCUUCCUCUCCCGGGAAGCGCUCAGGCUCACCAUUGCCAAGCUUCCGGCAACACCCCAGCUCGCCCCCGCACGGCUCCAAUGGACUGUCAAUUACUCGUUUCUGACGUUUGUAAUCUACCUUGUGCUAGGCACGCCGAUCGUGUACUGGAAAAUCGUCUGCAACGACCACAACAUCUUCUCCCUGUUGGGAACAUUUUCUGUCCACCAUGUGGUAACCGCCAUUGCUCUGUGUGUUGUGUGCGAGCUUCUCGCAGAGUCUUACUAUAACGUCAAUCAGUACGUCAAGCUCGACUUCAAGACGAGAACAAAGAUCGAGAGCCUAGCGGGGUUCGUCCGAUGCAUUGUGCAGUUCCUGACCGUGGUGCUGGCUGCACCUCGGCUCGGGCUUCAGCGUUCAGACAUUGACGCUUACGUUUUCGGAUACUUGGCUGGUCAGCUCUCAUAUUCGUUCGCCAUUUUCAUCCUCUACUGGUACUCGUUCUCCUUCCAGAUCUUCAAGCCGAAGAAAGUGCAGCUCAAAGGAUCAGUCUCUGCAGCGUGGUUUGAACCCGCCAGUUGGGCAUACUUCCAGUCGAUCUUUGUUCAGCAACUUUUCAAAAACUUUCUCACCGUCGGAGACAGAUUUGUCACCACUUCUUUGCUACCCAUCCAGACCCAAGGGUACUACUCCUUCAUAUCCAACUACGGCUCCUUGAUUGCUAGAAUCCUUUUUGCGCCGUUAGAAGAGUCGACGAGAAUCACCAUAGGCUCAUUUUUCAAAGACACUUCCGCAGACGGCCAGAAAGAGAGAGAAGACUUUCGUCAGCUGGCCCUGUGCCUGGCCAACGUCUCCAAAAUAUACACAUAUCUACUCACACUGCUCGUCGUCUUUGCGCCGCUCAACACCCGCUUUCUGUUGAGCCUAGUGUUCAGAAACUUCAACUCCGAUGAAGUGGUCUCAGCCUUUAAAAUCUACUGGGUCUACGUGCUCCUCUUGGCUCUCAACGGAAUUCUCGAGGCUCUCUUCCAAUCGCUGUUCCACUCAAAGGAGAUUGUGAACCGCCACUCCAUCUUCAUGUUUGUAAACUCCGUUGUCUUCCUCUCCUCUCUCGUACUCCUCAUCGCGGAGUUUGACUACGGUCUCAACGGUCUCAUUCUCGCCAACAUGGUGAACAUGGCUAUGCGGAUAGUCUACUGCUGGCAGGCAGUCCACAGAUUCAUAAGGGAAAAGGCAGAGCUGCUACAAACACCCUUCUACCUGAACAUGUCGAGGUUCACUCCUUUCCUUGCGGCGGCUUUCCUCUUGUCGCUGUUCCAGUACACGUAUUUCCACGGAGAAGUCACAAACUGGAAGCAGUUUCUCCUCUCGGCCCUUUGCGGAGUCGCCCUAGUUUUCCUUGUCCUAGUCAACGAGGUCUUCAUCCCAAGAAUGAAAAGAAAGCACGAUUGA